AUGAAUCGGAAACGCGUAAAUUGUGCUGCUAACUGUGAAUCGCCUUCGAAACGAAAACGAUACAACGGAACCGACCUCACAUUAUGCCUACCAAAAUUUGAACAAAUCAAGGAGUUUUAUAGAAAACUUAAGGACAGAAUAAUUGACAACGUGAAACGAUUGAAAAAUGUAGCAAGCAGAUGGAACAGAAGGGGAUUGGAGACUGUGAGAGGAGGAAAUGAGGAAGAACAGGGAGUACAAGCGGAUCACAAUGUCGAAAUUUUGACGAAUGAAGAUAAUGAUGUGGUAAGUUACUGGAAUUAUGAGCUGAAUUGACGGAUUUAUUAAAAACAACAAAUUUGCGAACUACUUUUGCCUGAAAAUAUGUGAAAUUAAAAAAGACUACCGUAUUUUUAAUUGAAUGUUUUCGGAAAUCUGAAUUUUCAUGAACUGUAGGAAAAGGAAACACAAUUUUUCGUUAAAAAAAUCAAAUUUGUCGGGGUUUUCAAGAAAAGGGGAUAAACAGACACCGUGCAUUUUGAUUGAAGCGUUUAUAUACUAUCUUUAUAGAUGAAUCCGGAAGCAAUCCGUCGAGAAAUUGAUUAUUAUCCGAAUUUACUAGAUAUAAGAGAUAGGGCGAUAGAAGGCGGUGCAGAGGUCAGAGAGAGAUUCAAGGAAAUGGUGCAUGAGGAACAUAAUCUAAGUGCAAUCUCCGAUAGAUCCGAGUCGGUUCAUUGCUUUAUGGGAACGAUGUGCCAAUUGACACCUCGAGUGCAGAUGGUUGAAAUUGUUAGAUCAAAUUAUACUCGUGGUGAAUUUGUUCAAAUGAUUCAGCCUGUACCUGUACAUCUUAUGUUUGCGCAUGCAUGCUAUGGGAAUGAAAGAGAAGUUGUGGAAUUGGCAGCCAAUCAGAUAAAUGUACAAUUCAUCCGACGACCACCACAAUAUGUUGAGGUGAUGGAAGUGCAAGCGGAGCAAAAUGAGGAAUGAGGAUGAUAAUGUGGUAAGUCAUACAAGUGCAUUUUAAUCGAAGAGUUUAUUUAUACUAUCUCUAUAGAUCAACUCGGAAGCUAUAAGAAAAGAAGUCAAUUAUUAUCCGAAUUUGAUGGAUAUACGAGACAGGGCCAAAGAGGACGGUGAAGAAAUUAGGGAUAAUUUCAAGGGAGAGGUAGCAAAUCAAAAUGAUAUGUCAGAUAUAUCCGAAGGAUCUGAGACAGUUCGAUCAUAUAUGGGAACACUGUGCAAGCUGACACCUCGUGUACAGCUUGUGAAAACUAUGAGAGCUAAUCAUCAUCGUGUUAUUCAACCCGCAAAAACAGCUGAAAAUCCGAUUGAUGUACAAUUCCUUCGACUAACACGACCACAUGUUGCUGAUCUUGUUCAGGCUGGAAAUAUGGUACCUGCACCGCCACCCAAAACAUUAGAAAAUGAAACAGUUUAUUGA